CCUGAAGCGGCGGCGAAGGGGCGGGCUCGUGCCCAGGAGUCCAUGUGGGUGCCGGUGCGGCACGGAGCAGCGCCGGGUCGCCAUGGCGGAGCUGCAGCAGCUCCGGGUGCAGGAGGCGGUGGACUCUAUGGUGAAGAGUCUGGAGAGAGAGAACAUCCGGAAGAUGCAGGGCCUCAUGUUCCGGUGCAGCGCUGGCUGUUGUGAGGACAGCCAGGCGUCCAUGCAGCAAGUGCACCAGUGCAUUGAGCGCUGCCAUGCACCUCUGGCUCAAGCUCAGGCCCUGGUGACCAGUGAGUUGGAGAAGUUCCAGGACCGCCUGGCCCGGUGCACUAUGCAUUGCAACGACAAAGCCAAAGAUUCAAUUGAUGCAGGGAGUAAAGAGCUUCAGGUGAAGCGGCAGCUGGAGAGUUGUGUGACCACGUGUGUGGAUGACCACAUGAACCUCAUUCCAACCAUGACCAAGAAGAUGAAGGAGUCUCUCUCAUCCAUUGGGAAAUAGAUGUCUGCUAUUGGCCAUCGGGGCUGAAGGCAGGAAUCUAUUUAAAAAGAGAAAUGGGGAUUUGGGUUUUCUAAGAAAAGGUUAUGAAUGAGGAAAUUAAGGAUGGCAGCAAGUUUAAGGCCUGUAUCAGUUGCCUCUGGACACUGGUUCCUUUGUGUUUGAAACCUAGAAAGUGAAAAAACCUGGUGCUAAAAUUGGGGUCAGAGAUAGCAGAGGAGAGUUUUUGUGAGCCUGAAUUUCACGUGGCAAGUGCUUAUCCUGGCAACAGGGAGUCUCCCUUGUACCAAACCAGAGCCCUCCAAGGUACCAGAUUCUCUUAGUACACAGAUACCAACAGGCUGGCAGGUUCAUCUGACCUGCUUAUGAUCUGGUGGAGUAUGAGGAGAGGUGUUUCUAUUUGUUGCCAACCUCCUGUUUACCAGACGGAUCACUACAACAUUUUCCACAAACUGGAAAUAAAACAAAAUCCAUGAGGUCACCAAUUUAGAAAAGGAAAGGGGGCUUCUGGGGAUUUGUUUUGUGUGGUUUUGUUUUAUAUACAAGGGCAUGAAGCUACUUUAAAAUGUAGAGUUGGGAGAGGUAGUUUCGAUAAAAACUUUGAAAGGGUCCUUGCGGAUAUUCGUUUCUGGCCGUCAGGAUGUGGGUGCGCAUUUCUUAAAAUUCUCACACAUGAUAUCUUUCAGCCUGGAGACCCUGCAAAAAUAUAAGAAGCGCUAUCACACUGGUAGGGCAAGCAAACCUUCCCUCUGACUGGCAGCCAUGAUGAGCCCCGAGGCGGUCAGCAGCAGAGUCAGACGAGUGACAAGACAAUCUUGCAGUGACACUCACCCUUGAAGGGAAAGGGGACUGUGGCUGUGCUGUAUGCUAGUAUUCAAGAAUGAACAGUGAAAGAGGAAUUGUUAGCUGCUUAAUUAAGAGAGUUAUGACGCACUGGCUUUGGAAAAAUCUGGUUUUCAUAAAACAAAAUAGAAUGAAAGCCUAAACCCAGUAUUGCUUACUUUGCCCCCUGUAAUAACAGAGCUCUGUUGAAACAAUCCCUUGGCAACACGAAGGUCACAGGAGAAAAAGUAAGCAACU